CAUGCCUUAACCACCUUCAAAGCAUCCUAAUUACUUGCUGCUAUAAAGAAUUGAAACCAAAUUAACAUUUUCACGCUUACAAACGGAUCUCCUAUCUCACCAUUCAAACAUUUACCUAGUUCUUUGAUAUCAUGGCUGAAGCAGUUGUUUCCGGUGUCAUGCAGCAGUUGAUUUCGAUCAUUGAUCAAGAAACACAACAAGGGGUGAAACUGGUUUUUUGUGUCCACAAAGAAGUCAAAAAGCUUAGGAGCAAUCUUGAAGCAAUUGAAGUUGUGCUGGUUGAUGCAGAGGAUAGACAAGUGAAAGAGAAAAAUGUAAGACUUUGGCCAGAUCGGCUCAAACAAGCUUCCUACGACAUUGAAGAUGUGUUGGAUGAGUGGAACUACGCUAUUCUAAAACAAAAAGUAGAUGGUACCUUUCCUAAGAAGAAGUGGGAAGAGUGGGAUCACGAGAUUACUAGAAUUGGAGAAGAAGAAGAAGAAGUUAUUGCAAUCAUGUCAUCUCUGGUUUUCUUGAGAGUUCACUACUGCCCCAAAUUGAAGGCACUACCAAAACAACUUGUUCAAAGUACAAGAUUGGAAAAAAAUAUUUCUUUUUGUCCUCUGCUAGGCUAUCCUAGAUGGCGUCAAUAAGAGGUAAUUUUAUUUGCUUAUUUCUUUAAAAGAAAUAUAUUUGUGAUUGAAUAUUUAUUUAAAUAUUUAGUAAAUAAUGAAUGUCAUAUUAAAUUUAUUUCAUUGCUAAUUAUAAAUCAUCGGGUAAAGGAAAUUAUCA